AUGCACGCUCCGCGCAAGCAUGCGCUCGAUGUGCCGCCGCCGUCCCUGGAUGAAGUGGAGCAGGCUUGCCGGGAACGACGGGAACAAAGCCCGAGCUCAGUGAAACGAUGGCUCCAUGGUUGGGGCAUUGAUGGCUAUCCCUACUUGGACACCUCCUCGCAGUUCCUCCACCUGCCAAGCAAGAAGCCUGCUGCGCGAGCUGCACAUGCUCCCCCCUGGGCUCCCAGCUACCCAUAUCCACAGGCGUUAGUGGGGCCCGUGAAGGAGGCGUCGGGAACAGGAGGACGAAGUGGAGUAGGUUGCAGCUUGCUGGAGGCGGUGGAGGCUUCGGGUUCAUCCGUGCCGGUUUCUCUCCCAGAAGACUGGCGUUCUUCGCUGGAUGACCUUUCGGCGGCGCUCGAGAGCCUAGACCAGCCAGGUAUCGUGGCUGCCCUGCAGCAGCUCAGGCGGCUCAGAUUCAGUUGCGAGGAAGAGGCGCUGAUGGUGAGCCGGGCCAAGGACCUUCUGGAUGCCUACGUCGGAAGGCAGCACCCCCCAAACCCGGCCAAGAGCUGGAGAGUUCGGCUGUUGGAGAAGGAGCUCUUCAGGCGCUUUCGGGAAGCUUGCGCCAAGAACCCAGCAGGCAUCCAGCGCUUCAUCGGGGCGGGCCUUCCCGAAGAGCUUCGCUCGAUCGUGGAGCCCUAUCGUAUGGCAAAACAGGCCGCGGAGAUGUCCAAUCUGGGCUCUUCCACGACCGAGAAACACACGAAGCGGCCGGCUGCGGCCGCGGUGCCUGCAAGGCACACCUGCAGCCCAGCACCGGCUGAAGUCCAGCGUGCGGUCGCGCCCGGCGGCCUCGGCGCGGCGGAAGCACAACUGUCCAGCGCGGCGCUGAAGCUUCCAUGGUCAUCUGAAGAAUGUUGGGAAAGGCGCUGGGAGCAAGACCUGGUUUGGCAUCCUGGGAUCCUGUAUGCGGCACAUCAGGCUUUGCCUCAGCAGAGAUAG